AUGAGAGGCCACAGACACUUCAUGCCGUCCUCGAGUGUGUUCUGUGUAAUGAAGCACAAUCAUUAUACAUCUCGAUUUGGCAGCAAACUUGGCUUGCAGUUCAUUGGCAUGCAUGAGAAAGGCAUCAUAUUUAACAAUAAUCCAGUUAUCUGGAAAGCUGUCAGAACUUACUUUAUGAAAGGUGAAAGGAAAAUAAAGAGUGAUGAUAUUCAAAAGCUAACUGUGGUAGAAAACUUUAUUAAUGAGAGCAUGAGAUACCAGCCCAUCGUGGACCUAGUCAUGCGCAAAGCCUUAGAGGAUGAUGUCAUCGAUGGCUACCCAAGAAAAGGGGGACUAACAUUAUCCUGA